ACCAAUGAGCGACGUCCAAGUCGCAAAGUUGCUCCGCCAGCAUCAUGCUCGUGACGUACCCGGUUCUCGGCGUUGGGCAAGCCAAGCACUUGAUUGCAAUCUGCGGGGGCGGCGGGUCGGCUAAGACAGGAGUCAAGAACACUGUCGACGUAUACUCGAUGCCGUCCCGUGGGAAACCAUACCGCCUCCUUGGCAGUGCCGACACAGGAAGCGAACUCCCGUCAUCCGUGGCUAUCUCGCCCGAUGGGACAUGGCUCGCUGUCAGCGUGAAUGCGGCAUGUUGGGUCUAUGAGAUCACUCCCAAGGUGGUCAAGGAUGACAACGCUCCCGACGAUGCCUCGCCCAGUCUCGACCUUGUACUGCGUGUGCGAUUUCGAACCGACUUUAGUGCGGUGGACAGCAGUCAAACGUGUGCAUGCUUCGUCGGGUCGCAUACGCUGGUCACUGGUGGCGAAGACUCGGUGGUCCGCAUCUGGUCGAUUUCCACGACGAACGAGGCGACAGAUGUUGCGACUUCAUCAUCUCUCGCUGUCGUUCCUCCAUCGACCGCGUCGAAACAAGACGGCGAAGAAGCUGUAGAAAAUGCCAUUGUCCCGCCGGUGCCAGGCGAUCAAGCGGUCCAUGGCACGACGGUGGUCAGACUCACCAAAGAAUACCGAGGACACACGAAGCGCAUCAAACAAAUUCACGUGGACCCGUUCAGCCGAAAUGCUGUUGUGACAUCGGACGAAGCGGCCACGUGCCAUCUCUGGCGCCUGGACAAGCUCACGUCGUUCUUUCGGGCUACGGCACUCGAUACGCUCGACCAAGUGUUCCAGUCGCCAGGGUUCCCCAAGCCACCAACGAAAGGCCCGGUCAAACACCAGUUUCGAUGUGUCCGGUUGGCCCCGAAUGGCCAAGCUUUGUUCACCGUGCUGUCGCCUCCUCGAGGCGACGCCUACCUUGUCAAGUGGGUCCCCAUGACGCUGUCACAGGAAGAUGCCACGUUAUGGCCUUGGCGCGUCGCAGCCGUCGCUCUCGCUGGCCCCGAGCCCGUCGGCAGCUUGACUAUCAGCGACGAUGGUGCUGUGGUCGUGACGGCGACUGCGUCGGGCGAUAUCUUUACCUUCAACGCGAUUGACUUGACCUGCGGGACGAAGAGUAGCCCCGAAGAUCACACGUUUGCCAUCACGGGGCUCGUGUGCCAAUCAGUUGUGCCUGACUCGUUGUACCGGCUGUGUUCGGCUGGAGCCGACAAGCGAUUACUUAUGCACCGCGUCGAGCUGUCGACCGCGAAGGACGGGUUGACCUGGCCUGGUACGUUCGUCGCGCUCGCGUUGAGUGUGGUCGUCGGUGUUAUUGUGGCUGGGACGGGUCUGGUGUACUUUCACGCGUCGCAGUCGCUGCUUCUUAGCCAUCCAUUUCAAGGCAUCAAUGCAAUCCUAGCGUCCAAAUUUGAAUCGAACGACGCCAUGGCAACCAUCAUGGCGUGCCUGGUCGGUCUCCUAGCCUCGCUGGUGAGCUGGAUCGUGUGUCUUCAGUCCCGAGCUCUCCACGGCGUGUUCUGGAUUGGCCUGGCUCUCCUGAUCCUCAGCUGCGUGUCACUGUGGGUGGCUGCCACCGACGACUUGCGAGUGCAGUGGGUCAGCGGCGUCGACCUCCUCGAGUACAAGGCUUGCAUCGUUACGGGCGUCACCGGCGUUGUCUUUUUGCUCCUGCACUCGAUCGGACUCAUGGUGCUGUGAGUAGCAGCAUUCCUAAUCGUAUACUACUUUGGGUUAUCCACUGCACCCGAAUACGUGA